CUGUACUUGUCAGACAGAAGUGGAGAAAGAGACAUUCGAUCAGACAUAAAGAGGUCUAACAGGACAUAUUAGUAGUUUAUGAGAUUGAGGGAAAAGAGAUCUUCUGUGAUGACACCUGCUUCAGCAAAGUGGGCCUUACCUCUGGCAGCUGUGGUGGCCGUGCUGACUUGUGUGUGGCUCCCGGGGGUCCAGGCAGGAGUGGUGGGGGACUUCAACCAUGUGGAGCGCUGUAAGGACUCCCUCUACAUGGGCACUCCACCCAGAGGCUACCUCAGCACCUCCUUUACAAAGAUCUGCCAGAGGUACGAGGAUAAACCCCGCUUUGUCACCGUGUACGACUCCCAAAGACACAUUCCAAUGUAUUCUGCAUAUACAUUCAAGAAGUCUGAUGGGGAGAAGAAGGUGGACUUCCCGUGGAUGUUUGAGCCCCAGCUGGCCUCAGAUAAGAGCAGCAGUAACAUGGAGCCCUUCCCUCAAUCUACAAGCAUGCACAUGAACUUCGAGGACACACAGGCAGUGCUGGAGGACUACGCUGAUGUGGUUCUGUACGAACGUGGCCAGCUGAAUCCUGACGAGCAUCAGGCUGACCCCCUGGACAAAGCCUCCACCUACAGCUUGACGAAUGUGGUGCCCCAGAUCAGGGAGUUCAACAUCGGUCCCUGGGCAGAACACCGGGACCUAAUUCGCAAACGUCUCAACAACUACUGCCGGGGCAAAGCCUACGUGGUCACCGGGGUCACCACCUCCGGGCACACCAUCCGUCGCAACAACCUGGACCGGGUGGCUGUACCGGAGUACCUGUGGUCAGCCUACUGCUGCACCGAGUUUGACCAAAAUGCACCGUACUUUGUGCGCUACAAGUUCCCCGUGUUUGCAGCUUAUGGGCUCAACGACCGUGUCAACAACCACAUGGUGGAAGUUCCUCUGAAGAACAUGGAGAAGUUUCUCAAGGGGAGGAUGGAUGUGGAUAAGAACUUCCAGAUUUUCUAUAGUGACUGUGUGCCAGAUAUCUAAUUUAAUGCGGGAGUAAAAUGUGGUAAAACACUUCACUGUGGGAAGGUUUUGGGUUCCAGAAGCUUGAAAUAUGCCUGGAAAUAAGAGUUGUUGUAAAAUCACAUCAUAUAUUGUAAGCAAUAAAUUGGGGAAUUGGAGUGAGUCCAAAUUAAAAUAUUA